CAAGACGUUUUGGCCCUGAUACGUGAUUGUCAGAAGUGGAAGAGAAGUGUCAGCCACAGCCAUGGCUUCUCAGCAAGAUUUUGUGGGCCGAGUGAUUGGGGCCGCUUCCCAAGGAGCAGUUGGUGCUGUGGUGGCAGCUUCGCUGAGCGCUGUAACGGAGCCCCUAGUGAACGCCAUGCUGGUGAAGCGAGUCUCUUUGAUGGAGGCAUUGAAGCUUUUGGAUCCUGAGAUGAUCAAGAAGUUCUUGCAGACCACCCUUGCUACCAACUUUAUCAAGUUUCCCUUCUUUGAGGCCACUAACAUCAUCAUGCAGGGCGUGGACCUGCCUCCCACGGCCAGGGGAGCUGCAUUGGGAUCCGUGUUUUGCACCAUCAGUCUUCCUAUCACAAACUACCGCUUCCGCAAGUCUAUGAACUUGCCAGUGACACCAGGCAAUCUCUACCAGGCCUAUGGACCGACUGUGCUCCGGGACAUCAUCUAUGGCAUUGCUCGCAACAAGGUUUCCGUCUUCCUCAACAACUUGAACCCCACUUUUGCAGGCACCAUGAUGGGCCGAGUUGUGAACAUGUUCGCCACUGUCGUGGCGGCAUGUGUCCUAUCAGCCCCAGGCAACGAGUUGCGCGGCUACUGCUUGCAGCCACCGGACCGCAAGCAGUCCUUUGGUGACUUCUUCCAACCAGCCAAGUUCAUCAGAAGCACAUCCGUGGGUGCUGUGAUCAUGGGCAUUAGCUUGGCCAUUGGCACAAUGGCGACACCGCAGGUGGAGAAGCUUGUCGGGGUUGUGAAGGAGUACUUGCAGAAGAACCCAGUGAGCUAUGUCUUGAUCGUGCUCUUCGUGCUCCAGCAGAUCUUAGCCAUGAAGCGCCAGGGUGAACUGGUGGAGAGCAUGGAGAAGAGCAAAUGAGGCUGAGAUGUUGGCUUCCAGGUGUUUUCAGGUGUCCACCAAAGAGACACGCGGUGAGACAGUGGCAUGAUGUCAUCCGACUGACCUGUCCAUUGAUUUGAAACUCCAUCCCGAAAAGCAGAGACAUCUCACUUUUCUGAGGUGCUGGUGAGGAGGUCUUAGUGUCAGCAGCUUCAGUAGUCAGUAGAUAGAAUCCGCUCUUCUCAGUGCUCUUCUCUCGUUGUCCAUUGUUUCGUUUGGAUAUGAUGUAUUCUAGGAUCCAAAGGUCUUGUUCAAGACACACUCAGCACCUUCCACUGCUUCCACGUGGGCGCUUUCCACGUGGACAGCGCGCCUUGGCGCGCGUGCUUUCCACAGCACGCAGGUUUGUCCACGGAGAGUUGGACGACAGUAGGGACCAUGGAGGGUCCGAUGCUGUUGACACACCUCCCAAAAAGUCUCUGUCCGAUGCUGCGUGGAUUGAGGUUGUCUUCCUUCCCAUCAGCAAACUGGGCACCUGGUGGAAUCUCGUUGAAGAACGCCAAUGUAGAGGGGAAAUCGCAGCCAAAGGUAGUAAAUAUCAUCAAGAUUGGUAUCAUUUCCUCCUGGAAGAAUAACACAAGCCUUUGAAACAUGCCCAGUCGCUUUAUUCAAGUCCAGCAGACUUGAGCUUGGGAAACUAAAGUUUGUGUUGACAGAAAUGCAACUCGAUUGGAUCGAAGAGAGACUCAUGAAACAU